GAUGAAAUCAAAUGUAUAGCAGUCACAUAACACAAAAUCAACUGUAACAGUGUUUCUACAUGAUCUCAUCCUCUGCAGAAUGAUAAAGAAAAGAAAGACCCGCGGGGUAGGACACCCCUCCAUCUCGCUGUUACCCUGGGACAUAUAGAAUGUGUUAGAGUCUUACUAAGAUAUGAUGCAGAUGUUACACUUCAAAACAAAGGAGGAUGGACUGUGAUCCAGGAAGCCACCAGUACUGGGGAUCCAGAACUUGUCCAGUUGAUCCUCCAGCAUAGAGAUCAUCAGAGAGCCACAGCUCGGAUAGGAGGGAUUCCUGAACUUCUAGAAAAGCUUAGACAAGCUCCAGACUUCUAUGUUGAAAUGAGAUGGGAAUUUACAAGUUGGGUUCCUCUGAUGUCAAGGAUGUGUCCCAGUGAUACUUAUCGUGUGUGGAAGAGUGGUCCAAACGUUAGGAUUGAUACAACCCUCAUUGGUUUUGAUAAUAUGAACUGGGUCAGAGGUAGCAGGAGUUAUGUCUUCAAGAAUGAAGAUCGGAACCAGUUUGAGUUUAUGGAGAUAGACCAUGAUGCAAAGGUAGUUUACUCUGAGAUGUUAGAGCUUCAGGCUCACCAUGACGUAUCUAGGAUGCAACCUUCAGAGAAUGCUAUAGCCCAAAGACUCACCUCACCAGUCUCUAAUACUUACAUAGAUACAGAGAAAAUAGAAUUCACCAGAACAAAGGCUGGUAUUUGGGGCUGGAGGCAUGACAAGGUUGAAUCUAUCAAUGACUACGAAUGUAAAGUAUUCACCGCCAACAAUGUACAACUCGUUACUAAAAACAGAACAGAACACCUAACAAAAGAAGACAAAGAUAAAGUCAAAGCUGAUGGUCCUGCAUUCUCCUCCCCUCUGCAAUCAUUACUAGGUGUAGUAGAGCAACAAGAACAGGAAGCAGGAGGUGCGGGGCUCAAUGUAACCCAGUCUGGAACCCUCACCAACCCCACCGACAUCAAACCGGAGGAAUACUUCAAUGAGAGGAUCCCCCUUGAAGGCAGGGACAUCGGCCGGCCCAAGGAGGUCACCACCAAGGUGCAGAAGUUCCGGGCCACCCUGUGGCUAUCAGAGAACCACCCCUUGUCCCUCCAGGAGCAGGUCUUGCCCAUCAUAGACCUGAUGGCCAUCAGUAAUGCCCACUUUGCCAAGCUCAGGGAUUUCAUCACCCUGCAGCUACCUGCAGGAUUUCCUGUCAAGAUUGAAAUCCCUCUCUUCCAUGUCAUCAAUGCAUGUGUGACAUUUGGAAACCUUUAUGCCAAGAAGCAGCCUGUUACGGGUGUAUCCAAUGAGGUCAUAGAGAUCUUGUCUGAGGAACCCCUUCCAGCAGCAAGUGAGGAUCUGUUGGAGGAUGAAGGAGCUUCUCCCAAACCACUUCCCCCUGCCACUAUCUGUGUUGUUGAUCCACAUGUCUUUGAUAUACCCGGAGGUUACUCAAAGUAUAGAUCUGGGGAGAGUCAGGUUAGGUAUGGUGAGGAUGAGCUCCUACAGCUAGCCAUACAACAGAGUCUUCUAGAGCAACAGCAACAAACCAACAAUCAAGACGAGGUUGGUUUUAUUGAUGCUCUAGGUGAAACAGAAAAUCUACAGUCGAUUGAAGACAAACUCUUAGAAAGGGCAAUUCAAGAGAGCCUUCUUCUAUCUCAAACAGACGAGAGCAACAAUGCAUCCGGGGACCAACCCUCAUCGAUAUCCCAUGCCUCCUCGAAUCAUACUGGGGCUACUGUCCCAUCUCAGUUACCCCCAGGGGCUUCACUCCCACCCCAACCAUCCCCAGGGGCCAACACCACCACCACCAAACCCCCCAUCACUACCUCACCGCUACCAGCCCGUCCUGCUCCAAUCGGUUGCGAGUUCUCUGGCAACAGGGGUGAUGAACUGAGACUGGCCUUGGAGCUAUCUGAGAGGGAGAGACUGGAGGCUGAUAGGAGGAGGCAGGAGGAGGACGAAGAGCUGCAGAGGAUACUCCAGCUAUCCCUGACGGAGAAAUGACAUCCAAAUAGGUUGAACGAACUCUCUUCUCCCAAAUGGAUAAGGCUCUAGUGUUGUGAUGGUUGAUCCAGUUACUCAUGAUGGAAUCCUCCCCCUCUGCUGUUGACAACUAUAUACUUCUUUUCCUGUCCAAAAUGCUACUUUGGACCCAGCUACAUGUAUCACACAAUUGAAUUGAACAGGAAGAUUUCCUUGGUAUCAAGUUUGAUAAAAGGGAAAUGAAAUGAAGGCUUGACAUUUUUAAAGUUACAAUUUUGUUGUGCCACAUCCGAACAGCUCCCCCAUAUUUUAUGUAAUAUAAAUUCAGUCUAUUGCCAUAUUAUGAAUGCUUUAUUAUUAUUGAUUUAUUUUAUUUCAUAUAUAUGUGUGUAUGAAGUUAUGGGUGAGCUCAUGUAUUUAAAGCACAGGCAAUUUUUUAUUUUCAGAGCAAAUGGCAAUUUUUUAAAUGUAAAUUACAUGACAUAUAGGGGAGGUACUCGAAUGUAACAUCACAAAACUCUUGUUUAUUUCCUGUGAUAGAUUCAUUACUUCAUUACUAUAUUUCUUUAAUUUUUCUAUACAUUUAUUCAUGUCAUCAGGGUUAACUUCCUGUUUAUGUUUCUGGUUGUAACCCUAAUUGUUCCUUGUGUUGGGAUGUCUUUCUUCGUCAUUGGCACUGUUAUGUUAAUUCAGUAUCAUGCACCAACCCUAAUACUGUUGUUGAAGAUAGCUGGCAUCAGAGACACAUUUGACCAGGAAGAUGUGAUGCACCACAUAUGUAGCGAUUGAGAUGGUGCAGUCAAAUUUGCUCUAAUAAUAUCUAGCUUUGUCUUAGGCAUG